AUGAUCAAUCCCUUCCAGCUCCCACAUCAGUAUUAUCAGAAAGGGGACCUAACUAUUGGAGUGAUUGCUACACAGUAUGCCUGCAUGUUUGAUGAAAUAACUUUCAGUGACCACCCCACAACAAAGUUUGUAGAUGAAUUAAUUGGAAAAACAAAGACAUACCAGCAUGUCCUGUCCUUGGCUUUUGCUGUGAAUGAGAUCAAUGAGAACCCAAAAAUCCUACCAAAUGUCAGCCUGGGCUUCCACAUCUAUGACAGUUACACAGAUGCAAAGAUGACUCAUCAGAACACCCUGAAACUCCUUUCAAGUCAGAAAACAAUUGUUCCCAAUUUCAAAUGCGAUAAGCAAAGGAAUUUGGUGGCUGUCAUUGGGGGUCUCGACUCUGAAAUUUCACUUCACAUGGCUAUGGUCUUAGGCAUCUACAAGAUUCCACAGAUUGCCUAUUGUGUAUUCACCCCACUGAUGAACAUUAAAAGCCACCUCCCUUCAUUCUACCGGAUGGUGCCCAAUGAAGAAUAUCAGUAUGCAGGGAUUGUUCAGCUACUCCUUCAUUUCCAGUGGACAUGGGUUGGAAUUAUUACAACUGAUGAUGAUAAUGGAGAGAAGUUUGUACAGAUCUUGAUGCCAAUGUUUUUACAGCAUGGAAUCUGCACAGCCCUCAGUGCAAAAACACCAGGCGUGUCUCAUGCUAUAGAGAAAUUGAGUUCAAUUAAAUCUAUACUGGACAAGGCCUACUAUCUAUCCAACUCCAAUGUCAAAGUAUUGGUUAUAAAUGCAGAAACACCCACCAUAGCAUAUUUGAUAUGGACACUAUAUUUCUAUUCUAUGUUGACAGGCAUUGCAGAGACAUCCAUAGGUAAAGUGUGGCUUAUGACAGCCCAAUGGGAUUUCUCUUCAGAAACAAUGCACAGGGCUUUCAAUAUCCAAGUCUUUGAUGGUGCCUUGUCUUUGGCAAUCCACACAAAUGCAGUACUGGGUUUCAAAAAAUUCCUGGAGAUCCUACAUCCAGAAUCAUCAAAAGGAGAUGGUUUCAUUAGGAUUUUCUGGCAACUGGCAUUCAACUGCUUAUUUUCUGAUUCCAAAGACAGCAAGGAGCUUAAUAAGAGAUGCACUAGUGAAGAGAAGUUGGAUAAACUCCCUGGAACUCUUUUUGAAAUGAGUAUGACUGGCCAUAGCUACAGUAUCUACAAUGCGGUCUAUGCCAUAGCACAUAGUAUACAUAAGAUGUAUUCAUCCAGGCCAAAACAUGGAGCAAUGAUGGACAUAGGUAGACUGGGUCCUCCAAAACUUCAAACCUGGCAGCUUCACUCUUUCCUGAGGAGCAUCUCAUUUAACAACACUGCUGGAGACAUCAUGUCUUUUGAUGAGAAUGGCGAAUUAGCAGCUGGAUUUGAUAUAAUAAAUUGGGUUACUUUCCCAAACCAAUCUUUUUUAACUGUAAAAGUGGGAAGGGUGAAUCCACAGGCUACACCAGACCUAGAGUUCACCAUGAAAGAGGAGGUUAUCACAUGGCAUAGCAUGUUUAAUCAGGUGUUGCCCAUUGCCAUGUGUAAUGAAAACUGCUAUCCAGGUUACAGCAGAAAAAAGAAGGAAGGGGAGCCAUUUUGUUGCUACGAUUGUACUCGGUGCCCGUACGGGAAGAUUUCAGACCAGAAGGAUGUGGAUGACUGUUUCCAAUGCCCAGAAGGCAAAUUUCCAAACAAGAACCGAGAUCAAUGCCUUCCUAAGACCCUAAAUGUACUUUCCUUUACAGAGCCUUUGGGGAUCACUUUAGCUUUCUUGAUUUUCUCUUUUUCUUUAAUCACAGCUUUUGUGCUAGGAAUCUUCAUCAAGCACAAGAACUCUCCCCUCGUCAAAGCUAACAAUCGGGACCUCACCUACAUUCUGCUCAGCACGCUAUUGCUCUGCUUCCUCUGCUCCUUGUUAUUCAUAGGCCAGCCUCACACAGUGACAUGCUGUUUAAGGCAAACUGUUUUUGGCAUCAUCUUCUCAGUGGCUGUGUCUUGUGUGUUGGCAAAAACUGUCAUGGUGGUUCUGGCUUUCAUGGCCACCAAGCCAGGAUCCAGGAUGCAGAAAUGGGUGGGGAAAGGAUUGGCCAAUGCUAUCCUUCUGAGUUGCUCCCUUCUACAAGCCAUUAUUUGUGCUAUAUGGCUAUGUACUGCCCCUCCAUUCCCCAACUUUGACAUGGAUUCUCUGGCUAAAGAAAUCAUAGUGGAAUGUAAUGAAGGGUCUGUCAUUAUGUUUUAUUGUCUGCUAGGGUACCUGGGAUUCCUGGCCAUUCUCAGCUUCACUGUGGCUUUCCUAGCCAGGAAGUUGCCAGAUGGUUUUAAUGAAGCCAAGUUCAUUACUUUCAGCAUGUUGGUGUUUUGUAGUGUUUGGAUAUCAUUUGUUCCAUCUUACCUUAGCACCAAGGGAAAAUACAUGGUGGUGGUGGAGAUAUUCUCCAUCUUGGCUUCUAGUGCUGGAUUACUGGGUUGUAUCUUUGCCCCUAAAUGUUACAUAAUUAUUCUGAGGCCUUUCUUGAACAGCAGGGACCAGUUUAUAAGAAGGAAUAUCUAG